AUGCCGGCGUGCUGGACUUUGAACGAGAACGUGUCUCUCACGGUAGUUCUCUCUUGGCUGGCAGUGAAUGUCUAUCUGUUUGUUGACACGUUCCGCUGGUAUGAAAAAGAAGAGGCUUUCUUUUAUACGCGAGUUAUUCUGGGUUCUACGCUGGCCUGGGCGCGCGCGUCCGCCGUGUGCCUGAAUUUUAACUGCAUGCUCAUCCUGUUACCUGUCAGUCGGAACUUCCUUUCGCUGCUGAGGGGAGCCAGUCUGUGCUGCAGAGGCCCAUGGAGAAGGCAACUAGACAAAAACCUCAAGUUCCACAAACUCGUUGCCUAUGGGAUAACUUUUAAUGGAGUCAUCCACGCUGUGGCACACGUGUUCAACCUGGAGCGCUACCACCUGGGGCAGGCCCAGGAUGCCGAAGGACUGCUGGCUGCGCUUUCCAAACUUGGCAAUGCCCCAAACGAGAGCUACCUCAAUCCCGUCCGUACCGUGUAUACGAGCACGACCAUCAAUCUAUUAAUGACAGUCUCUGGGAUUACUGGCCUGGUGAUCUCUGUGGCUCUGAUCUUGAUCAUGACCUCUUCAACUGAGUUCAUCAGACAGUCCUAUUAUGAGCUAUUCUGGUAUAUACACCAUAUUUUCAUCAUCUUCUUCAUCAGUCUGGCCAUCCAUGGAGCAGGUCGAAUUGUUCGAGGCCAAACUCCAGAGAGUCUUCAGCUGCACAACGCCACCUUCUGCAGAGACCUCUAUGCCGAAUGGCAAGCAGCUGCCUUGUGCCCUGUACCUCAAUUUUCUGGCAAGGAACCUUCGGCCUGGAAAUGGGCUUUGGGCCCUGUGGUCUUGUAUGUGUGUGAAAGAAUAAUUAGGUUCUGGAGAUCUCACCAAGAAGUUGUCAUUACCAAGGUGGUGAGUCACCCGUCUGCAGUCCUGGAACUUCAUAUGAAGAAGCGUGACUUCAAGAUGGCACCCGGACAGUACAUCCUCAUCCAAUGCCCAUCUAUUUCCGCACUGGAAUGGCACCCCUUCACUCUCACCUCUGCUCCACAGGAGGACUUCUUUAGUGUGCACAUCCGUGCCUCAGGAGACUGGACAGAGGCGCUGUUGAAAGCCUUUGGGAUGGAGGGACAGGCCCCCAGUGAGCAUCGUAGCAUGCCAAGGCUGGCAGUGGACGGGCCCUUUGGAGGCUCUCUGGCAGAUGUGUUUCACUACCCUGUGAGUGUGUGCAUUGCAACGGGAAUUGGAGUCACUCCCUUCGCCUCUCUUCUGAAGUCUAUGUGGUAUAAAUGUUAUGAGUCACAGAGCCUGCCUGGGCUGAGCAAGAUGUACUUCUACUGGAUCUGCCGGGACGCCGGGGCGUUUGAGUGGUUUGCGGAUCUGUUACUGUCACUGGAAACGCGGAUGGGUGAGCAAGGGAAAGCUCACUUGCUGAGUUACCACAUAUUUCUCACUGGCUGGGAUGAAAACCAGGCUAUUCACAUAGCCCUCCACUGGGAUGAAAGCCUGGAUGUGGUUACAGGUCUAAAGCAGAAGACCUUCUAUGGGAGACCCAACUGGAAUGAUGAAUUCAAGCAGAUUGCCUACAAUCACCCCAGCAGCAGCAUCGGUGUGUUCUUCUGUGGGCCCAAAGCCAUGUCAAAGACACUUCAGAAGAUGUGUCGUCUGUACUCCUCAGCAGACCCUAGGGGUGUCCAAUUCCACUACAACAAGGAAAACUUCUAG